AUGUUGAAAUAUGGAGAUUUGGAGAUAGUAUUGAAAAAUGACCAUUUCGAAUUCGUUUGCAAAGGUGGUGCAGUGAUAUCAAAUAUAAAAGAAAUUUUAUUUAUGAAUUCAAAAAUUAAAGGAAUAACGGAUGAUAUAACAUCAAUUCCACCAGAAGAACAAAGAUAUUACGCAUUAAAUGCAUUUCCUAAAGUUUUGAAGAUUGGAAGAUUUAAUUUAAAUGAGGAAUUCAUAAAAGGUUUCCUAAAUGACAUAAUGAAGAAAGCAGAUAAGGAAUAUGUUAACGAUGAGUUAGCAAAGAAAGCAGAUAUAUCAUUUGUUAACGAUGAGUUAGCAAAGAAAGCAGAUAAAACUUAUGUUAACGAUGAGUUAGCAAAGAAAGCAGAUAUAUCAUUUGUUAACGAUGAGUUAGCAAAGAAGGCAGAUAAGGAAUAUGUUAACGAUGAGUUAGCAAAGAAGGCAGAUAAGGAAUAUGUUAAUGAAAAAGAUAAUGAAAUUAUAGAAAGGGUUGAAUGGUAUCAUGAACGGACAUCGAAGAUUCUUAAAACUAAAGCUGAUACAGGAUGGGUUUCAGAAUGUUUAGACCUUAAAGCAGAUAUAUCAUUUGUUAACGAUGAGUUAGGGAAGAAAGCAGAUAAGGAAUAUGUUAACGAUGAGUUAGCAAAGAAAGCAGAUAAGGAAUAUGUUAACGAUGAGUUAGCAAAGAAGGCAGAUAAGGAAUAUGUUAACGAUGAGUUAGCAAAGAAAGCAGAUAUAUCAUUUGUUAACGAAAUAUACCAAAGUUUAGUUGGAACAAAAAAUAUUGAAACUAUUGUUGGCGACUUUUCUGUCAAUGAAGAAAAC